CUUCUACCGAGAGAUAAGCCGGUUGGCAUCCAUCCGACAACUCUAAUCGGCUCUCCAACACGGCUGUCGCUCACGAUGAGGAGGCAUUGGCAAUGGCAGAGGCUUUGCGCUCCCGACAGCUCUCGGCAAGACAAUCCUGUCGAGAGUGCCGGUCCCAGUUCAGGGACCGGCGACGAGCAAGGCAACAGGGCGGAUGGCGCCGACGACGGCGAAACCAUGACGCAAGGGGUGCUGCGCAAGAUUGACAGGCGCCUGAUCCCCCUUUUGUUCGUCACGUACAUGCUAAACUUCAUGGACAAGACGAUACUCUCCAGCGCGUCCGUGUUUGGGCUGCCAGAAGACACGGGACUGCACGGCCAGGAAUACAGCUGGGUGUCGUCCAUCUUCUACUUCGGCUACUUGGCCUGGUCGUACCCGACGACGCUGCUCAUCGCACGCCUUCCGCCCGCCAAGUACAUGGGCAGUAACACGCUGUUCUGGGGAGCCGUGGUGGCACUGACUGCGGCGUGCACAGACUACGACGGUUUGCUCUCGGUGCGCUUCUUGCUGGGUGUGGCUGAGGCGACCGUCACGCCCACCUUUGUGUUCGUGACGUCGACUUGGUACACCCGGGACGAGAUGCCUGUCCGCACCGGCAUCUACCUUCUUGCUUUUGGCAUCGGCCACAUACACGACAGUGUCGGCCCGUGGCGUUGGAUGUUCAUCAUCCUCGGCGGGGCCACGUUCCUUUGGGCCUUUGUCCUGCUAAGGUUGCUUCCCGACUCCAUCUCGUCUGCCAGCUUCCUCACCCCGGCGGAGCGCCAGUUCGCCAGUGACCGGGCUGUCGUUGCCGGCACUGGCCGCACCGAGGGGGCGCGAUGGCGCCGGGAGCAGGUCGUGGAAUGCCUGGUAGACCCCAAGACGUGGUUCUUGCUGGCGCUCGAGCUGCUGACGCAGAUUCCCAACGGGGGCACGCAGAACUUUGCAAACCUCGUCAUCAAGUCCUUCGGCUUCAGCAGCCUGCAGUCGACGCUCAUCAACAUCCCGUACUCGAUGCUCUCGGCUGCCGCCAUCGCCGGGACGGGGUACCUCGCAGGCCGAUACCGCCAGGCCAACUGCCUGCUGCUCGCAGCCGCGGUCCUGCCCUGCGUGGUGGGCAGCGCCCUGAUCUACGCGCGCGACAGCACGUCCAGGGGCGUGCAGAUGCUCGGGUACUUUUUGCUCUCGGCGGGGCCGGCCGCCAUGCCGCUCGCCUUGUCGCUUGUCCAGGUCAACUACCGCGGCGUAACCAAGAAGAUGACGGCGACGGCACUGCUGUUCGUGGCGUACUGCGCAGGCAACAUUGCGGGUCCCCAGCUCUUUCGCAGCAGCGAAGCCCCAUUGUACGCGACGGCGUUCCGGACCAUCAUGGUGUGCUAUGCUCUCGUCGUCGUCUUGGCUCUGGCCCUACGCGUCUAUCUCAAGUGGGUGAACGCGAGAAGGGCCGGCGAGGAGGGUUUCGCUGAGCCGAGUUCUCAGGCUUACGAGGAUGUGACGGAUUGGAAAGCGGCCGGAUUCAGAUACAGAUAUUAGGGGGACCAAGGGGCAAGAACGGAGCUACCAGUCAGUCUAGGAGCACCGUGUCAGUCCAGGAGCUACCGUGUUCUAGCAAAAAUUUAGAAAGUUGGUGGAAUAAAACCUUCGCGUUCCACUUCCUGA